AUCUCUCUAUAGACGGCGAAAAAAAUGGAAUGCAUUUAAAAAAUAGAUUGAUAACCCAAUACUUUUUCAUUCAAUCAAAUAGCUAAACAUCGCUCGUAAAGUUUAUUUUGUCGUAAAGUUUAUUUGAUGCAAGUAUAUAUUGGGAAUCCGCCGUAGAAGUGCUAGUGUUAUCGUUGAACAAGAGCGGUAAGAUGGUUCAAAUUGUUGGUCACUACAAACUUGACAGAAAUGAGAAUUUUGUCGAAUACCUAGAGGCCUUAGGGUCCCCCGAGGAUAUGAUUAAAAAAGUCACAGUACCAGACGCAACCACUGAAAUUGUUCAAGACGGUAAAACGUACACAAUUAAAAGUAGUAGUCAGGUGGAUGUUACGCUAGUGCUCGAUGAAGAGGUUGACGAAGUUCUUCCUACAGGGGUACCCAUUAAGAAUUUAGCCACGCGGGACGGCAACAAAAUUGUUGUGAAUUCGAGUGCGCCAGAUAAUCGCAAAAGGCAGAGGGUUUACGAAUUUUGUGAUCAGGGGUAUAUGGUGACGUUGAUGGUUGGCGACUUGGUAGCAAAGCGGUAUUUCACUCGAUGGGGGUUCGUGUAUAAAACAACUGAAGAACGUUACCAUGUUACAGUUUUAUUUAGUAAGACCACAGCGUGCAUUUUUAAGAUGGUUCAAAUUGUCGGGCAUUACAAGUUGCAAAAAAAUGAGAAGUUCGCGGAGUACUUGGCGGCGAUGUCCACGUCGGAGGAGAUUAUCAAAAAGGUGACGGCGCCUGGAGUAACAACUGAGCUGAAAGUGGAUGGAAAUACGUACAUGAUUAAGAGUAGUUGCAAGAAUGAUGUGACCAUUGUACUUAAUCAGGAAGUAGAUGAGCUUCUGCCAACGGGACUCCCUAUUAAGAAUCUUGCGAAAAAAGAGGGGAACAUCAUUACCGUGACCUCAUCAGCAAAUGAUGGACGUAAACGAACACGAACGUAUGAAUUCUCGGACGAAGGAUACACAGUGACUCUUACUGCCGGCGAUGUGGUUGCUAAACGUUAUUUUGUUCGGGUGUAGCUUGUACCUACGAGUUUCCUAGGGCGGCAGAAGGAAAUGCAUUGAAACCAAA